AAGUGUGCAUUGGAAUCCUUGACUUUGGGUAGCAGCAGCAGCACACGGGAGGAGGCAGCAAAGGACGCGGUGGCGGCGGCCGGCAUGACUUGGUUUGCAUUCAACACGUGUCGCGGAAGAGCGGCAAGGGGAGGGGCCGAGGCGGAGAGAGAGGGCAGCGGAGAGACGUUGCUAGGCGACGUGGGUACAUACUGAAUGUUAAGGCGACCAGCAACCAGGCGGGCGGGCGCUUGGGCGAGCCGCAGACACGCGCGCAGGCGGCACGGCAGCAACAGCGGCAACAUGUAGCCCCGGCCCAGCGGACGAGACCAGCAGACAUCAUCAUCUUCCUCUCGGGGGGGGGGCGUGGGGACGUAUGUGUGCCACAUGACGCGCGGGGGGCGCCGGAACGCCGUCCUGCUGCGGGCAUGACGAGCAAAGGACGUCUGGUGGAUGGAUGACUGACGGAUGGAGUGAGAGCGCAGCGCCGGGAGGAGCACGAGAACGAGAGCCUCGCGUGCACUGGUGGAAGUCAGUGAGCGGCGGCAAGACCCCCCCCCACAUCCCCAACGAAAAACAGCGCCUGGCCUCGCCUGCCACAGCCCCGCCCGUCCCCCAUGGCGGCGCCGCGGCCGGCCUCUCGCCUUUCGCUGCUGCUGGCUGUCCUGGCCUGCACUGGGCCCGCACGGCCCUCCCCCCCUCUGCUGCUGCGGCCCCGGGAGAGAGAGAGGGACUCGGGUGGCGUCAACAUCGCCGUGGUGCACUCUGGAUCCUCCCUGCUCCCGCAGACAGCGGCGGCAGCGGCGGGGGCCGUAGAACCGGGUCCCGGUCUUGGGAGCGGCCAGGGCGGCGUCCAAAGGGGCCUGACGGACACAGGGGUGGUGGCGGCGGCGGCGGCGGUCACGGCGCCCUUUGCAGCCUCCUUUGCAUCUACUUCGUCGAUGUCCGUGCUGGUUAGGGAGAUUGUGAUGACGCCGUCUGGGCCGGCCACUGUCAUCUACCUGAAGGUUAACGAGAGCAGCCCGGGGAGCCUCCUGUUGCAGCUGUGCGAGCUGCUCGCCACCACGCCGCUGCAGGGUUUGGUGUUUGAGGAGGAGAGGCCUCCGCCUCCCAACCGCGCCCCCUUAGCCCCCAUGCUGGAGUUCAUCUCGGCCCAGACCGGCGUUCCCGUCGUGGCGGUGGGCGGAGGGGCCAGCCUAGGACGCGAGCCGCAGGAGAGCGGCUCCAUCUACCUGCAGUUCACGUGCUCGACGGCGCUGCAGCUGGAGGUGAUCUUCGAGGUCCUGGAGGAGUACGAUUGGACGUCCUUCUCUGUGGUCACCACGCGUCACCACGGCUACGAGGACUUUCUGGACAUGGUGGAGGGCAUGACGGAUGGCUCCUUCAUCGGCUGGGAGAGGAAAAGUGUGGUGGUCCUCAAUGUCACAGACGACCCUGGCGGCGCCCGCACCAAACGCGUGCUCAAGGACAACGAGGCGCAGGUGCGUCUGCUGUACUGCUCCCUGGAGGAGGCGGAGCUUGUGUUUCGAGCGGCCUGGGCGUCAGGUCAGGCGGGCCCCAGUCACAUGUGGUUCGCCGUGGGCCCGGCGCUGUCUGGGCUGGGUUUGGAGGGGCUGCCCAAGGCCUUGUUCGCCAUCCGGCCUCAGGGAUGGAGGGACGAGCCUCGCAGGCGCAUCGCCAAGGGCGUGUCGGUGCUGACCCACGGCGCCGUGGCGCUGUGGCGCGACCAGGGCUCCGCCGGCCGGGCUCACAUCACGGGAAACUGCCACAACGACGGCAACCGAACGCAGCGAGUGGGCGAGAGGAUCAGGUACUUCACCAACAUCUCGAUCGGGGGGCGGGACUACUCAUUCAACAACGAUGGCUACCUGUCCAACCCGCUGCUGGAUGUUAUCUCGUACAACAACGGGCGUGGCUGGGAAGAGGUGGGCUGGUGGGAGAACGGCCACCUGCGGCUGCGUUACCACCCGUGGUCGCGCUACGGCUCCUUCCUCAAACCGUUGGACGACGCCCAGCACCUGCGAGUGGUCACGCUGGAGGAGCGACCGUUCGUCAUCGUGGAGCCCGCCGACCCGGGCACCAGCUCCUGCAUUCGCGACUCGGUGCCCUGCCGCAUGCCCCUCAACUCCAGCCUGGUGGUGGAAGGCGUGUCUCCCAUGAAGCAUUGCUGCAAAGGCUUCUGCAUCGACGUCCUCAAGAGGCUGGCCAAGAUCGUGGGCUUCACCUACGACCUCUACCUCGUCACCAACGGACGCCACGGCAAGAACAUCGACGGCGAGUGGAACGGCAUGGUGGGCGAGGUGGUGUCCAACAGGGCGGACAUGGCCAUCGGUUCGCUUACCAUCAAUGAGGAGCGGUCAGAGGUUGUGGAGUUUUCUGUGCCCUUCGUGGAGACGGGCAUCAGCGUCAUGGUUUCCCGUAGCAACGGCACCGUGUCGCCUUCAGCCUUUCUUGAGCCCUACAGCCCAGCCGUGUGGGUGAUGAUGUUCGUCAUGUGUCUAUCGGUGGUGGCCGUCACCGUUUUCAUCUUUGAGUUCUUCAGCCCAGUCGGUUACAACCGCAGCCUGCAGAGCGCCAAAAAGUCGGGCGGCUCAAAGUUCACCAUCGGCAAGUCGGUUUGGCUCCUGUGGGCGCUGGUCUUCAACAACUCGGUGCCUGUAGAGAACCCGCGAGGAACCACCAGCAAGAUCAUGGUCAGUUUGUCAGACGAGCUUUUCUCCGACCUGAAAGCGUACCAGCGUUAG